AUGGCGAUGAUCCUAGACGCCUUUGCAUACUAUGUGCAAAAUAUGCUCACGGAGAUGGUGAAGGGAGAAGUGCACAUGCUGCUUGGAGUCAGAGAUGACAUCGACAAGAUGGAUGUCAAGCUUGGGGAUCUCAAGAACUUCCUUGCCGAUGCUGACAGAAGGAACAUCACAGACAAGAGCGUGCAAGAGUGGGUGGGCCAGCUCAAGCGUGCCAUGUACGAAGCCGCCGACAUACUCGACGUCUGUCAGCUCAAGGCCAUGGAGCGUGGUUCGUCCACUGUGGAUGUCGGGUGCUUCAAUCCCUUGCUCUUUUGCAUGCGGAAUCCCUCCCAUGCCCACGACAUCGCCACCCGCAUCAAGGGUCUGAACAAGAGGCUCGACACCAUCAAGGAGCGAAGCGCUGCUUUCAGCUUCAUCAAUCUUGGUUCAUACGAGGACCGUAGCAGCAAGGUGCACGCUUCUCAUUCUGGAAAUACCAGCCGUGAGACAUCAGGGGAGUUCGAUCGGUCGGGUAUAGUCGGGGAGAAGAUCGAAGAAGACACAAGAAAGCUGGUUGAGAUCAUGUUGACUGAAAAAGAGGGCAACGCCAACAUCAUGGUGGUCGCCAUUGUUGGUGUCGGCGGCAUCGGUAAGACCACUCUUGCCCAGAAGGUCUUCAAUGACGAAACGGUGAAGGCCGAGUUUGACAACACAAUAUGGUUGAGCAUCAACCAGGACUUCGACAGGGUUGAGCUGCUCAGGACAAUCAUCACCCUUGCUGGGGGAAAACACUCUGGUGAAAAGGUGUUGUCUGUGCUUCAGCCAAUUCUCACUACUGCCCUGUCAGGGAAGAAGCUAUUGCUGGUGCUAGAUGAUGUGUGGAGUCACGGAGCAUGGGGUGAUGUGCUUGAAAUACCCUUGGCUAAUACUCUGGUUCGAGGUAGUAGGGUCCUCCUCACUACUAGAGAUGAGAGAGUUGCUCGAGGGAUGAAAGCUGUGCUUCCCUACCACCACGUUGACAAAUUGAAGGAGGAUGAUGCCUGGUCAUUGCUCAAGAAACAGAUAGUCUCAAGUGCGACUGAUGUACGUGAGAUCGAUAUGCUCAAGGAUAUUGGCUUGCAAAUUGUAGCAAAAUGUGAUGGCUUGCCUCUUGCUGUCAAAGUAAUGGGAGGACUCUUGUGUCAGAAGGAUAAUCAACACAGUGACUGGAAGAUGGUUCUGGAUGAUUCUAUAUGGUCAGUAUCUGGAAUGCCCAAAGAGCUAAACCAUGCAGUAUAUUUGAGUUAUGAAGAUUUACCUUCUUGCAUCAAACAAUGCUUUCUAUGCUACUCCCUUCUCCCUAAAGCUGCAAAGUUUCUAAGAGAGGACAUAAUUGGCAUGUGGAUUAGUGAAGGAUUUCUACAUGGACCCUCAGACGACUUGGAAGAAUUAGGAAGAAAGUACUAUAAGGAGUUGAUACAGAGGAACCUUAUAGAGCCAGAUUCAGAGUACAUUGAUCAAUUAUUUUGCAACAUGCAUGAUGUCGUUCGCUCGUUUGCUCAAUUUGUGGCUAGAGAUGAGGCAUUAGCAGGUCACAGUGGAGAAAGUAAUAUUGUUAGUAAACUUUGUGCACGUAAGUUUCUUCGGUUGUCGCUAGAAAGCAAAGCAUCGGGAUCAGAUGGGUUAGACUGGAGUUCUUUACAAGCACAAGACACACUGAGAACACUAAUUUCAGUUGGCCAUAUAAAUAUGAAGCCCGGUAAUUCAUUGGUUCAUUUUCCAUGUCUACGAACUCUGCAUAUAGAGUCUGCACAUCCCGCGUUGGUUGAAUCAUUGCAUGAAUUCAAGCACUUGAGGUACUUAUCUCUAGAACGGUCAGAUAUCUGUAGUCUUCCAGAAAGCAUUGGUAAAAUGAAAUUCUUGCAGUACAUUAGCCUUAGAGGAUGCCAACAAUUUGUAGAACUUCCACAUAGCAUUGUAAACUUAGGACACCUAAGGUACCUUAACUUCCAGAAAACAAGUAUAAAUGGCAUACCUAGGGGGUUCUGUGUUCUGACAAAUUUGAGGAAAGUAAAUGGAUUUCCGGCCCGGGUGGAUGGUGAUUGGUGCAGUUUAGAAGAGUUGGGCCCUCUUUCUCGGCUCAAGUAUCUUGAAAUACAGGGGUUGGAGAAUGUAACUGCUUCCUCGUUCGCAGCAAAGGCAAAGCUUGUUGAGAAGUUGCAUCUUACCAACCUAUGCUUAACCUGUGGUAGUAGAUUGGGGGAUGACAGGCUGAUUGAAGAAGAGACCCAACAAAUCGAGAAGGUGUUUGAUGAACUCUGCCCUCCUCCCAGCUUAAAUUUUCUUGCUAUCGAAGGAUAUUUUGGCCGACGACACCCAAGGUGGAUGAUGCCAUCGUCAGAUAUGCCCCUCAAGAACUUGAGGAUUCUGAUGGCUGAAGAUCUGGCUUCGUGCACACAACUUCCUGAUGGCUUGUGUCAGCUUCCUUAUUUGGAGUUCCUUCAGAUUGAUCGUGCCCCAGCCAUCAAGCGUGUUGGACAUGAAUUCCUGCAGUCCUAUCCUCAUCCUUCACAUGCGGUUUCAUUUCAAAGAUUGCACACGAUGAAGUUAAUGGGCUUGGUGGAAUGGGAGGAGUGGAAGUGGGAGGAGCAAGUGCAAGCCUUUCCUGCCCUGACUGAGCUUAUUCUGUUAGAAUGCAAUUUGAGGCGUCUUCCUCCUGGCCUUGCCUCCCAGGCAAGGGCUUUGAAGGUAUUAUCCAUACAGCAGGUCAAGGGUCUCAUCUCUCUAGAGAACGUUGCUUCCCUUAUCGAGCUGCAAGUGAUUGAGAACUUUGACUUGGAGAGGAUCACUAAUCUCCCCAGGCUGCAGAAGCUUACUGUCACCCAUUGCCCAAAGUUGAAGGUGCUGGAGGGUGUUCCUGCAUUACAAAGGCUCAUGCUCAAAGAUGACGACAUGGAAACACUCCCAGAAUACAUGGGAAGUAUAAACCCAAGGCGUUUGGAGCUCUACUGCAGCCUGGCGCUGCUUGCUUCCAUAGCCGUGGCACAAUCUGGUCCUGAGUGGGACAAGUUCAGCCAUAUUGAGCAUGUCAAGGCAUAUGCACAUGAAGAAGAUAAUCCAAGGAAAUGGUAUGCAUUGUACACAACUAAUCCCUACAACUUGGAGACAAAUGUCAGCAGCUCUGCUUUCAUGUAUAGAGGAACCUUAUUUUCUUUGGAGGAUGCGCAAACAUUUGAGUCUGUCUUCAGAAUGACAAGAAGAACCUUUAGGUAUAUCUGCAGCUUGGUGAGUCUGGAAUUGAAUUAUAUGACAUGCUACACCUUUACUGACGGGAGGGAGCUGUCUUUACAAGAUCUAGUAGCCAUUGUUCUCAGAAGGUUGUACUCUAGUGAGCCACCGGAGACGAUAGGAUCCACUCUUGGUGUGCACGAGUCAACCGUCUUGUUGGUAACUGAGAGCUUUGUUGCUGUGUUGUGCAACCGAGCAAAGCAUCACUUACUUUGGCCAGACUCCAGUAGAAUGUAUAAGAUCAAAUCCAUGUUUGACAAGAUCCUCAAUAUGAAUAACUGCUGCGGUGUUAUAUGUACAACUCAGAUCCCAUUUGGACCAAACCGCGACAGUGAGAAUAAUUGCAGUGUUAUAAUGCAAGUCAUCGUUGAUCCAGAGAUGAGGUUCACAAACAUUUGGUUGGCAUCGACAGAUAGCAUGAACCCCUUGAGCAUUUUACACAACUCUUCACUCUUCAAUGAGUGCCAGAAGGGUGAUUUGCUGAAUGGCAGCAUGAAGGUAGCAUUAGAUGGAUCAGAAGUCGGGGAAUACAUAAUUGGUGAUUUAGAAUACCCUCUUCUCCCCUGGCUACUCACGCCUUACAAGGAAGAAGAGCUCUCAGACUCCAAGGUGGAGUUCAAUAGGAGACACUCUGCAGCCACAACCUGCACGCUGAAUAAUGUACUGGCAAGGUUCAAAGACACAUGGAAGUACCUGCAAGAGGGGACAUGGUGGCCGGUCAAUCCAGACACUAUGAGUAACAUAAUCAAUGCCUGCUGCAUAUUGCAUAACAUAGUCAUAGAUAUGGAGGAUGAUGCAACCAUGCCAAGCUCUGACACUGAGGAUUGGAGUUACCAUCAGCAAGUGCGCCAGUUAGCAAAUGAGGACGCUGUCAGGGCAAGGGAUAUGUUGUCGCAAUUUUUCUUGGCCAGAAUGUCAUCCGAAUCGGGAGGUGGAAGGGAAGCCGACAUCCUGCUGGUUGGAGCUUUUGAAUGCAUGAAAGAGCCGGCGUCGCAAUGGAGCCAAAGAUUACAUCGAUGCUGCAAACAUGAACUGAACACAACAUUUUGUAAUUCUGGUCAUCUAUCUGUUUGGCAAAGACGAGUUUUGUUAAGUAGUCUGAAAUUUGUGUAUCGGCGACAAGCAAUGGCAAUGUAG